UCUGUUUAUAAUUUUACUCUUCUUCUUCUUCUUCUUCUUCGUCUUCUUCUUCUUCUUCUCAUUUGUCUGUUCAUAAACAAGUUCAGUAAUUGCUUUUCUCGGUUCAAAGUAGAAAAUGCAUACAAGUAAAAAAACUGGGUAUGAAUAUGUUAUUCUUUAAUCUUCUUCUCAUGUUUGUGUGAAAUGGCUGCAUAGAAUUUGCUGUCCAAGAUGAUGGAAGUUGAUAAUGGAAGGGAUGACAUGUUGAUCGAUGCAAAUGCCGUCUCCAACGAAUUUAACCCUAACUAUCUCAAACUUUAUUAUGGAAAACUUUUCCCUCAUGCUGAGAUUUUUAAGUGGAUGUGCUAUGGAAAUGAUGGGAAGCAUCCUGCUUGUGACAAGUCCUACUUUGGACGAAGAGAGUUCUCUUUCACUCUUGAUAAUGACAUUUAUCUACGAUUCCAGUCUUUCAACAAUGAAUCCCAAUUGAAGACUUCCAUUAAAGACAAAUGCCCUUUUAAAAUAGAUAUUGGCCCUGUGUACACAGUGGAUCCUGCCAAGAGGCAUGCCUAUAGCCAAAGUGGUGAUAAUGUUUUCACUCCAGUGGAAAGGGAGCUAAUAUUUGAUAUUGAUAUGUCCGAUUAUGAUAAUGUUAGAUAUUGCUGCUCAGGGGCUGAUGUUUGCUUGGAUUGCUGGCCUUUAAUGACGAUUGCUAUAAAAGUGAUCAAUAGUGCGCUCAGAGAUGAUUUUGGUUUCAAUCACAUUCUCUGGGUUUACAGUGGUCGACGUGGGGUACAUUGCUGGGUUUGUGAUGGAAAAGCAAGAAGGUUGACCAAUGAACAAAGGGCGGCUAUUGUUGAUUAUUUACGAGUAUACAAGGGCAAUGAGAAUAGUAAUAAAAUGGUUUCUCUGACUGGUCCUCUUCAUCCUUUUCUUGUGAGAUCAUAUGCUGAAGUGCUCAAGGACUUCUUCGAGACAAAAUUACUAUCCAGUCAGGAGAUAUUUUCAACUGAAGAGAGAUAUGAGAAGAUCUUGGAGAUGAUUCCUGAUGAAUCUGUUACUUCUGAACUUCGAGGAAAGUGGCAAAAUACUAAGCAAACCUCCAGCUCAAAAGAAGGCGUUAAUCUUGUUCGAUGGGAACAGUUAAAGCGUACACUUCAAUCUGGAACAAAGAAGGCGCCAGGACUUCGUAAAUGUGUUGAAGAGAUUGUCUUCUCCUUUACUUAUCCUAGGCUUGAUGUGGAGGUCUCAAAACACAUGAACCAUUUGCUGAAGGCCCCAUUUUGUAUUCAUCCAAAAACAGGACGUGUUUGUGUGCCAAUUGACCCAAAACAUUGUGAUGAAUUUGAUCCUACUGCCGUGCCAACACUUUCCCAGCUUUUGAAAGAACUCAACAUGGGAGGGCCAAGAGCGAGUGAUGACAAUGAUGUGGAUAGAACCUCACUUGGAAAAUCAAUCAGCUUUUUCAGAUCAUCAUUCUUGCAACCUCUUCUAAAAUCUUGCAAGGAAGAGAUGGAAAGUUCCUAUAAUGCAAAACUGCAGCACUCAAAGAAUUCCAUCAACUGGUGAUGCGUUUUCCAAUGAUUCACCUUCGUGUACAAUAGCUUGUAACAUUGUUUGGCAAUGUAAGUUAACAAUAGCAGAAGAGUACACUGCAGGUAAAACUACUGUUGGCCAGGGAAACGGGUCCAUUACAUGUGACUAUGUAACAACAUGCAAGGCUCUGUUGCUCUCUGCUUUCUUUAUAAUCAUUAUAUUCCAAGGAGAUUCGUGUA